CUUCCUAUCCCCUGUCUCGGCUCUACCUUUGUUGGUGAACCAGUGUACGGAAGUCCCAGGCACGGAGACUCCCUCACAGGUUACUGGUGGUCAAUCACCUCGUGCUCACCGGUUCACAAGUGUACAGAGAAAGGUGGUAGACAACCGCGGAGCGCGUUGCUCGCUGUGCCAGGCUUGUUUUCUCUCUUUGGGUAUUGAGACAUGCGAUGGUUAGGUUCAAGCAUAGAUACCUGGUGGCGACCAUAGCUGCGGCAAGUCAAGAGAGGAUAGCCGAGCUGGGGCCGAGCGAAAUCUUGGCGAUGCUCCGGGAAUCGAUUGAAGCCAAUUUUGGGGACUUCGGGUCGGGCAGCACUAGUCAAUCGCUUCAAGUUCGAUCCUUUGACCGCACCUCGGGGGUGUGCGUGAUUCGUGCCGGGAGAGAGUCGCAUCGGAUGGUACGCGCUUCUCUGACCCUGCUCUCGGGCACCAAGGAUGCGCGGUUGUCGGUGACCGUGAAAGCCGUUGCGGGGUGUGACAGGACGCUAAAGGCUGCCGCUGUGGAGGCGUACACCAGGGGAUACCGGCGAGCGGGCAUAAGCGAUGAUGCUGCUGCAGCUUUGCUACAGCGGCAGCGGCAGCUUCUUGACGCGUGGCAAUAGCUAGCUACAGACGGCUUUAGUGCCAAGUUUGCUUGUCGCGGUGAGGCAUUGCUUGUUCUUGCGGCGGCACCAGCGACUUCGGCGACUCCAUGGGGGUCUUGGGUUGCUGUAGCGACCGAUACAUUUUAAGUGCAGUAUAAUAGCACCUGGUAUGAUGGCUGGGGUAGAUACUUUAUCACGAAGAAGUUUCUUCCGUGCUGCAUUGGUUGGUUCGCUACCGCAACGUGUCUCACAAUAGAACGUAGUAGCCGACUUCUGCUGUAAGUCCUUAGUCUUGUGACCAGCCUAGGUUUCAUGGGUGUGUUGCAGUAGCUGCUGCGACAGUCGGAGCUUCCUGUGUAACUGGAGUGCUUCCUUUCUCAACGCACUGUGUUGCUGCCGCAAGAGCUGUUCCUCGCGAGUUACUUGUGGCGUGCGGUGAAUUUGUUGUAUCUACAUAUCAGUGGCUUGUGUGGGCAGAGCUCUUCGAGGUGCCGCGUUCACUUCUUGGACCGUGCUGUUUUGCGAGUUGUUUAUCCACUUUUGGUAACAAUGUUCUAUGGUAGUAAAACCACUACCACUGACAUCCUUAUCGCGUGCAAGUGUUUCUAAUAGCCCCCCCCCGUGGACGCACGGACGCGGACACCAGUGGGUUGCCCUUGCUUUGUUUGGC